AUGAAGACUAAGCAAGUGCCGACAGAAGACCAAACUGGGACCACAAAAGUCGCAUCGGACAGUGCCAUGGUGGGCCAUCGGCAACAAACUUGUGCCAAGACUGCCGUUGAUACUAGAGGUAAUGAUGACCUUACUGAUAGGGCGGAGCUUGAGGAUAAGGGGUGUGGUCAACCACACCCACAUCAAGAGAAGCCACACCUUCCAAAAUCAGCUUCAACUGCUGCGUCAACUUCAGGCAAAUCAACCUCAACAUCAGCGAAGGAGGGUAAACCUUUUGGUGGCACUUGUUUGAGGAGAGGAAGAGGAGGGAAGAGGGGAGGGAGAGGAGGUUCAGGAGGUGUGGAAAAGAGAGUUGAAAGCAGAGGGAAGACAGGUGAAGAGGAGGAGGAGGAGGAGGAGGGGUUGAGGUGUGUUCGACCGAGAGCGGGUCGACCGCCAGGUCAGAGGAUGUUUGUCCUCAGUCAUGCUCCACUCACCAGAGCUGAUGGAGGACACAGAGGUAGAGGAGCUGGCAGGACCAAGGCGGGAAGAGUCAGAGGAGGAGGAGGGAGAAGAGGAAGGGUGAACACUGCCAAAUCUCUUGUAACUACUUUCGACUUUGGAGAUAGUCCAGCAGUAGGAGGGGGCGUGGUUUCUCCUCCCAUUCCCACCCCUCACUCCAUCCCCUCCUCACUACCCUCACCUGAUUACAUUCCAUCAUCGGGACCCCAUUCCAGACCACUCAAAAGCAAACGUUCCAAAAGUGUUUUACUCCGUUCGCUGCCUGACAGUGACUACGACACUGAUCCUGAUGACGCCACUUGGAAAGAAGACAUCUCAUCUGGGAGCAGUAAACCAUCCAGUGGUAGACCCAGAGAGCCAGUUACUGUGGCAGAGAGGGGAGAUGGUAUGGAGAGAGGAAAGGGAGUGGGGGAGAAGGAGAAGGCUGCUGUUGAGAGCAGUUCCAUGGCAGACAAGGCAGACAAGAAGGAGAAGAAAGGGAAAAGAGAGGGAGGGAAGAAAGGAAAGAUGCUGGCUACAAAAAGAGCUGGUGGCAGGAAACUUCAGAUCAAUCCUUGUGAGAGUCAAGAGAGUGGAGAAACUAGGGAAGGAGAGGAUGGAGUUACACUGGCUGCAGUGAAGACUACUGGUGUAGCAGGGAGGGGAGAGGGAGGUAAGAGGGGGAGAGGAAGACCACGCAAAAACAACACAACCUCUUCAGCCACUGACAGAGCUGACACCACGCAGGACAAGAAGAGAGAGGACCUCUUACCUCCAACCAAGGGUGGCCUGGAGAGACCAAAGAAUACAACUCCUGUUGCCUCUAAAUUUGCUACCAAAGCUAAUGCUACUAACAGAGGGGAGAAUGAUCCAGAGAACAGUGGAGACGUCUUACCUCUGACUAAGAGCAACAGAGGAGGCAGACAAACGAAACUGCCCUCUGCCACUAAGCCAGCUAAGGCUGAUGACGGUUGGAGUGCUACCGUUGCCAAUGGAUCAGUACUAGGGAACACUACUUCUCUGGCUAAGAGCGGCAGGCAAAGGAGAGACAAUUUGACAUCAGCAUCUGCCAAUACUAGCGGUCCCGAUACUAACAGAGCUAAAAUUAGGGAAAGAGAGAGAAAUGAAGUUUCAAAAUCGGCUCUGAACAAGAAGAAACAGAUGGAUAAAGAGAGAGUGGAGAAAUGUAAAGAGAGUCGGUAUGAUGUUCAAGAUGAUGAUGUCAUUGAGGAGCCGUCGUCCAGUGAGGGACUGCAGAGUCCCACCGUGUCAACUUUGACCUCCAGUCCAGUGGCCUCCGGAACAAGGAGACAUAACAUGGCUGAUGAGGUGGGAGAGGUGGGGAAUAAGGGAACGAGGGGAGAGAGAUCGCCAGUCAGGAAGAAACAUCGCAGCAGCAGUGGAUAUGUCAGUGAAGUGACUUUGCUUCUGCAGUUUCCUGGCAUCCCCGGCAUCCUCAGCAAGCUCCACCCACAACCAGCAGGGAAUCUGGUGGCCCAGGCGUGGAACCAAUCUCCUCCUCUGCCCCUGCAAUCAUCAACGGCUGAUUGCCAGUUAAGAGGGAAACCAAGAGCUGCUGGAAGAGGGAGGACUAGCAAAGGAAAUGGACAGAAGGAGAGAGAGAGGAAGAAGAGAGAGAAGAAGGAGAGGGAGGAGAAGGAGGAGAGAGAGGAGAGAGAGAGGAAGGAGAGGGAGGAGAGAGAGAGGAAGAAGAGAGAGAAGAACGAGAGGGAGGAGAAGGAGAGAGAGGAGAAGGAGAGGGAGGAGAGAGAGAGGAAAAGACGAUCUGCCAGCGAGACCACCGGCCAGAGGAGGAGCAAUCUCACCUCUGAGAGGAAGAGGGGGUUGGAAUCACGACAGGUGACCCCAUUGACCCCUGCCACCCCUGACAUUGCAAACAUCUCCAUUCAGUCAGGCAACCAAGAGGAAUCCUCCGGCAGCGGGGGAUGGAGUCAGGGGUCUGGAGGGGGUGUGGCAGGAGAUGGAGAGGGAGAGGAAAGCUCUGAUCUGCAACCACACGAGGGUGUGGUGAAGUGUCUGACGUCAGUGGAGAAGACUGAUGGAGGAUCUGCGAGGUCUGAUGGCCCGAUUCCAGCCAGUCUCUCUGACAUGGAACAGAGACAGAGCCAGGGGAGGGGCGUGGCUCAGCAGGGUCUCAAGAGAGAUAUCCAGCUCAUUCAGCAGAGAUCCGUCAGGAAAGCUGUUCCCAUGGCAACCCUGGAGGGUGCUCCACGAGCCACACCUCUCGUUCCUCCUCUGCUGCUGUCUGGCCUGGAGGAUGGGAUCUGUGGAGGAAUGGUUCUCAACUAA